GUUUAUUGUUCAGCCUCGGGCCUGAUAUGUCAAUGGCGCCGUUGUGGUGGUACGACGCAUGUCAAAUUUUGUGAUCAAUAAUUGUUGGUGUACUGGAACUAACAACCCCAGGGUUUUGCCCCUUGAUUUAGAUCAUAAAACGGCCAGACAACCUCACAACCGACACAGGUCAACUUUUCACUAUACUUUCCAAUUUUUUACCGCUGCCUUUAUUGCCCAAAUGGCAUCACGAGGAAUUACAAAAAUAUUUGUUGUUGGAGGGACCGGCGCACAGGGCAUACCGGUCAUCUCUGGUCUAGUGAGUGACAAGAAGUACCAGGUUCGGGUGCUCACGCGCAACAGGACAUCCCCUCGUGCCAAGCAACUGGAAUCUCUUGGAAAUGUUGAAUUUGUCGAAGGGUCAUUCGCGAGCGAGCCCGAUCUUCGCCGGGGUUACCGUGGUUGCGAUGGCGCAUACAUCAACAUAGAUGGGUUUAACUGUGGCGAGAAAACCGAGACCUACUGGGCAGUUCGCGCUUAUGAACUCGCUAUUGAAGAAGGUAUCAAAUUUUUCGUCUACGGAAACCUGGACUAUGGGUACAAAAAGAGUGGAUAUAAUCCAAAGUACCGAUGUGGGCAUUAUGACGGAAAAGGACGGAUUGCGGAAUGGGUGCUUUUCCAAAACCAAUUCAACCAGGAUCGGAUUAAAGCCGCUGUCUUUACAACUGGACCCUAUAUUGAAAUGACAAUUUCAAUGGGGACUCCUAUGUCUCCAACAGUGGAGGAUGGGGUUCUUACUUGGCGGGUCCCGUUAGGCUCAGGUGCCAUACCCCAUGUGUCUCUGGACGAUUGCGCGUUCUAUGCCCGCUGGCUGUUUGAUAACAUCGAUAAAGCCAAUGGAUUGGACCUGGAGGUUGCGGUUGAACACGUGCAUUAUAAGGACCUCGCUCAUGCUUUUGAGGCUGUUACAGGCCACCCGGCGCUGUUUAUUGACGUGGACCUGGACACCUACUGGACAAAGGGACCUUUGAGCAUGGCUGCAGAGCUGGGUGGGGGCUAUAACUCAGAUCCCAAUGAUCCAGCUUUCAUGACAAUUCGGCAGAAUUUCACUGGGUUUUGGAAUCUGUGGAAGGACUCCGGUAAAAAUCAGGGGAUCAUUAAGAGAGACUAUGAGUUGCUCGAUAAGAUUCAUCCAAACAGAAUCAGGAAUGUUGAGCAGUGGUUUCGGAGGGUAAAUGAUCAAGGGAUCAAGGAUGGUAGAGGCAGUCUAUGGGAAAGAGUGCAGCCAGAGAAUAUGAGGCCAGUAUUGAAGAUGGCUGAGGAUGGGAUGAAAGGGUCGCUCUGAAUCAUAAGGCCAAAUCGUCUAUGUAUUUUGUGGAUUUUACUAAGUAUAUAACAAAUUGCAUCAUCCUGUAAUUUGGUGGUACAUAUACAAAAUUAUUGGCG